CCACGGGACGCUGACAAGCGGCGAGGAGCGAGCUGAGCUCCAGGGCCGUCGGCCCUGGCCGCCUGGACCCGGACUCUAGGGCUGCGCGGGCGGCCGUCGAGAGUGACCGCACUCCGUCACUCGGGGCUCGCCGCCGGGACACCCCAAAUUCCGACCCCGCGCCUCACCUCUCUGCAUCGCCGAGCCCCAGCGUCGGCGCGUGGGCGGGCGGUGGGGGCGGAGCUCGCCCUCCCGGGCCGCUGAUUGGCUGUCUCCGCUUCCCUUUCACUUCCCCGGCUGCAAAGUUCAGAUGUGAAGGGACCGCGGUCUGCGAGCCCGCUGCUGUCUGAGAGGUUGCGGUUUGCUCUCCCAGGGAGGCCUUAACCUCGCCCAGGCUUCUGCGGCAGCGCCCCACCAGCCCAGUUUCCGGAAAUAGUUUGGGUUUAUAUUAUUUUCUCGGACGGUGGAAGAUGUUGGCAUUUAUGUUCGCCUCUACACGAAUGUUUUGCUGGCAACUUAAAUGACUAUUUUUCUCAGAAACGCGAGAUAUUUUCUCUCCCAGGUGUUCAUACUGUUAUUUUUCAUGACAGAUCUUGACCACAAUACAUACAAAAAAUACAUGGAGACGAUAACUAAUAUAGUUACAUUGAGUCUGAUCAUUUGCAUUUCUUUAGCUUUCUGGAUUAUGUCUAUGACUGCAAGCACCUAUUAUGGUAACUUACAGCCUAUUUCUCCUUGGCGUUGGCUGUUUUCUGUUGUUGUUCCUGUUUUGAUCGUCUCUAAUGGCUUUAAAAAGAAAAGUCUAAAUCAUACUGGGGCUUUAGGAGGGCUCGUGGUUGGAUUUAUCCUAACCAUUGCAAAUUUCAGCUUUUUCACCUCUUUGCUGAUGUUUUUUCUUUCUUCCUCAAGACUCACUAAAUGGAAGGGAGAAACAAAGAAACGUCUAGAUUCAGAAUACAAGGAAGGUGGGCAGAGGAAUUGGAUUCAGGUAUUCUGUAAUGGAGCUGUGCCCACAGAGCUGGCCCUGCUAUACAUGAUAGAAAAUGGCCCUGGGGAAAUCCCAAUAGAUUUUUCCAAGCAGCACACUGCUUCUUGGAUGUGUUUGUCUCUCUUGGCUGCACUGGCCAGCUCUGCUGGAGACACAUGGGCUUCAGAAGUUGGCACCGUUCUGAGUAAAAGCCCACCGAGGCUGAUAACAACCUGGGAGAAAGUUCCAGUAGGGACCAACGGAGGAGUUACGAUGGUGGGCAUUGCCUCCAGUCUCCUUGGUGGGACCUUUGUGGGCAUUGCAUACUUCCUCACGCAGUUGGUUUUUGUUAAUGAUUUAGACAUUUCUGCUCCUCAGUGGCCAAUUAUUGCAUUUGGGGGUCUGGCUGGAUUACUAGGAUCAAUUGUGGAUUCGUAUUUAGGAGCUACCAUGCAAUUUAGUGGUUUGGAUGAAAGCACUGGCAUGGUGGUCAGCAGCCCAGCGAAUGAGGUGAAGUACAUAGCAGGGAAACCCAUUCUUGAUAACAAUGCCGUGAAUCUGUUUUCUUCUGUCCUUGUCGCCCUCUUGCUCCCAACAGCAGCUGCUUGGGGUUUUUGGCCCAGACUGUGAAUUUUAUUUCAUUUACAAAAGUUAAAACUUCGGUAAAUUCAGCUAAAUUUGCAAUUCCAAGUUUCAUCUCAAGAAGAGUAAUUGUAAUGACAAAGCAGAAAUGCCAGCUUCUCCUCUGUUCCGUUACAGUGGAACUCCACGUUUUUCCUCUCUCUAACUCCAUUGUAACAACUAAUAUCUUUUUGGUGAAAGACAAGGCUCAUAGAAUUUAUGCAUAUUUUUCUUCUGCUGAAUGGAACUUGAGGAAUGAAACUAUAAUGUCCCUAUAUAUUGAACUGAAAGUUCCUGCAUGGUAGAUAUAAAUUUUGUUUUGUUUGUUUAAAUCAGUAAAAGGACUAAAAGUGAUAAAAUUUUUAAAUGGCUCAGUUGUGGCAGAGAAAUGUCACCAUGCCAAUUAUCCAACUGUUGUAUCUGUUUUAAGUAUUUAAACCGAUGUGUGUGGAAGCCUGAAUAAGUGUAGUAUCCUGGACUUCUCCCAUUACUUGCCAUUUAUUAUUGUAAAAAGUGUGGAGUUUGGUUCCUGGUGAACUGCGAGGUCUACUCCACGUUUGUUCUUCCUUCCUCAGGGUUAGUGAUGAAAAAAAAGUAAAUGUUGUUUUCAUGUGACCAUUAGAAUGCAUGAAAAAAAUUUAUUUUUAGGUAAAGGAAAAGAGAUAUAUCUUAUGUCUAAAAAAUAUGCACCUUACUAUAUGUUUUAGUUGGUCUCUGAGCAGAAAUUAUCUUGAAUUUAAUAUUUUUAAUGUAUUUUCUAGCUUUCUUUGAAAUUUGUCUAGGAAUCUGAUUUAUAUUGGCAUCUUGACCAGUUAAAGAGUCACUGGAAAAUUAUUGCAAUUAUUUCAUUUGCUGUCCUAGAAUUCACUGGAAAAUGCUAUGAUUUCCUAUUAUGUACCUUCUAAGUUGUGCUCUCCUUUACAUAUAGCCUCAACCAAAGUGAAUUCUACUUUUCAGUUUUGUUCUUCACUUUGAUGUAUGUACUAAAGGGGUUUAACAUAGUAUAGAUUAUUGUGCUAAAGUAUUUUGAAAUAUUUCACAUGUGAUUUCCAUACCUUUCUUCCCCUUCCCCUUUUGCAUUCAUAGAAAAAUUGAGGAGAGAUUCCAUGAAUAAGCCACUAUCAGAGUGGAGAAAGCUUUAUUUUCUUUGUUGGUGACCCUGCUACAGUGAUUAUCUAGAAAUGACUUGGUUCAGGAAGAAUUUUUUAAAAAACAGUUGACACACUUAAGCCUUAAGCCAAGAAACUCAGUGGGUCUCAACCCAUCUGCUUUGUGUAUACAUUGGCAUCACCUGAGCAUCUUUAAGAAAAAUACUUGUGUCUGGGCUUCACCCAAAGAUUGUGUCUGGUCUGGGGUACAGCCUGGGUACUGGGACUUUUUAAAGCUCUGGCUGCCCGUUAGAGUCAUGUAGGGAGUUUUUUAAAACACUGUUGUCAAGGCUCCUUUCUAGACCAAGUAAAUCAGAAUGUCUGAAAGUGAGACCCAUGCAUGGGUCAUUUUUAGAAAGCUCCCUUCCUGGGAUAGUCUAAUGUUUAAACAGGUUGAGAACUACUAAGUAAGAAUAUCCUUACACAAAUGUCAAAUCAUUGUGUUGUACACCUGAAACUAAUGUUGUAUGUCAAUAAAAAAAGAUAAAAAAGAAAAGAAUAUCCUAUACCUAAAA